GCAGCUGGUAUGCAACACUCAAUGAGCAAGCAAGUACAACUCACUCUCCAUCAGGAAUGACCAUUUAAGACAACAAAAAGACAUGAUUUUUUUAACUAUGUAUAUUACAUAACUCCCAAAUAAUAUAUGGGCAACAUGUCCUUCAUGAAAUAAUGACAUCCUAGCAAUAAAAACGCCCUUAUCCUUAUCUCCCAUGCUGCACUCCUUGAUUCCAAUGGCUUUCCUCCUUCACAUGUUGAUGUUGCCAAGUGCCUUUGGUGUGGCCAUCCAACCGCAGCAGAAUGGCACAUUCGUCCCGGACCCAGUGCUGCUGCUCGCGGAUCCGGAUCUGCCAGCCGGGGAUCUCGGCCCGGCCGGCCUCUCUCAGCUGGGAAAACCGGGCAGCAUUGAGCAGCCAGCGCAGAACGUGAUCCGGAGCCGCACUGACCCGGAGCCGGAGCCGGAGUUCGAGCUCCUCUCCGGGCCGGACGGUGGGGUGACUGUGACGGCGCGGCUACCGCCCGACACCGCCGACUCCCUGGAGCGCUACUCGGUGUUCCGGCUGACCUCUCUGGACCGCUCCAUCAAGCACUGCGUGCCGCUCGCGGCGGACGGUCCGGGCGUGCUGCGGGCGCGCGGGCGCCACCUGCCGCUCAGCUCCUACUGCGUCCAGCUGGGCUGCAGCUGCCGGUCGGGCCGGCCGUGCCGCCGCCGGCCGAGCCGCUGUCGGCGCUACGAGCACCGCGCCGGGAUCGACAUGCGCGCCUGGCGGCGGACCUCCAACGUGAGCGUCUGGCGCCACGACGACACGGCCGCCGGGCCGAGCGUGUCCGUCAGCGUGCAACAGACCGGGUUCAGGUUCGAGUCAUUCAUCGUGUCCGUGCUGGGGUGUCGUGCCGUGCCGGUGUUUCAAACGACAGCGGCGGCCGACCGCUGGCUACGGCUGGACACCAACUGCUCCCUCCAGUACAACACCUCGCUGCUGAUGCAGGUGCUGCCCGACACGUGGUUCUGCGCCGGCGGCACGGGCGGCUGCCGUGACCUGCGUGUCCACAUCGGUCCCCUGCAGCGGCUGCCGCCCAGCCAGCCGCCGCCGCUGCUGCGCGCCGCCGCGCUUCCCGGCUGGCUGACCGCCGGCCUGGCGCUCCUGGCACUCGUCACCGCCGCCGUGGCGGUCGCCACGCUGCUCUGGAGCCGGCGGCGGCACCGGCGCUACGUGGACCGCGCGGCGACCGCCGGCUGCUACUGCCUGACCGCCGGCGGCGGCCUGCCGGCCGCGCCGCGCGUGCUGCUGCUGCACCUGGCGCGCUCGGACGCCGAGCGGGCCGCCCUGCGCCAGCUGACGGCCGAGCUGCGACUCCGCGGCGCCUCUGUCGUCGACAGUGACGCGCCCGAGUGGCGGCGGGCGGCGCGGCUGGCCGCCGACGCGCCCACGUUGGACUCGCUGGUGCCCGGCGCCGCCUACACGCUGCCCGAGCACCAGCGGGAGCUGGUGACCGCCCUGCUGGCCGGCACCAGCUGCACCAAAGGCGCCGCCGCCGACGCGGUGCUGCCUGCAGACAUCACCGUCGCCGAGCUGACUGUGGUCGUCUCCGUCACAGGAGAUUCAACUUGGACGGCCUAG